CAUUAUCCACUAAUUGUUUCCACUCACCAACUUCACCAUCAGAACAGCCUCGAUCACUUGAACCUCUGCAAAUUCAAAAACUACCAUCAUAAUAAGGUCCAUCAAUCACAGCAACCUGAUUAAAGAUGUCUGAACGAAAAGUUCUCACCAAAUAUUACCCACCCGAUUUUGAUCCUUCGAAGAUUGUUCGGUCGCGCGCUCCGAAACAAGCAGGUCCCAAAGUACAGACAGUUCGUUUGAUGGCACCGUUUCCCAUGAAAUGUACUGCCUGUGGAGAAUAUAUUUACAAAGGUCGAAAAUUUAAUGCGCGCAAAGAAACUACAGAGGAAAAGUACCUGGCUAUUUCCAUUUAUAGAUUUUACAUCAAAUGUACGAGAUGUUCCGGCGAAAUUACAUUCAAGACAGAUCCUAAAAAUAUGGAUUAUCAAUGUGAGCGCGGCGCGAAACGGAAUACCGAACCAUGGCGUGUGAACGGAGGAGGCCUUCAAGAGAGUGAUGAAGAGAGAUUGGAUCGUUUGGAAAGAGAAGAACAAGAGCGAGAUGCAAUGCAGGAGUUAGAAGAUAAAACCGCAGAGGCAAAAACUGAAAUGGCUGUCGCUGAUGCAUUGGAUGAGAUUCGCACAAGAAACGCAAGGAAUGAACGAGUUGGGAAGGAUGGAACUGAAGUCACAGUAACUCGAGAAAAUGUUGAUUUAGAACGGGAAAGGCAAGAAAGAGAGGACGAAGAGGCAGCUCGAAGGGCUUUUUUGAGAAGACAAGAGGCUAUGGAGGAGAUUAUAGAGGAUGAUACUGAUAACGCGGGUGCAGGACCAGCACCAAAGAUUACGAAAGAGGAAGCAUCAGCGAUGCCACCUCCGAGCUUCAAACGGGUUGUAAAGAAGAAAAAGGAUCAUGCUGCAGCAUUAGGCAUCAAAAAGAAGCCUUCUCUAGUUUGAAGGGCCGUUCUCGGUUGUAACGGCAUUUGAUAAAUGAUGCGAUUUUGGAUUUGAUAUCUGAGGGGCAGUUGAGCGGGACUAGUGGCGGCGAAGCCGCAUAGCCGGUACAAGAUCUGCCGAGUAGUUUGUGAAUCAAAUACCAUUUGUUCCAAAUUAUCAGAGACGUCAAAUGUAUGCAUGCUGACCCAGUAUAGAUCAUUCCAGAAUAGCACGGCCACUCCCGUAAAAAGCUUCUCUGGGCACCAUGAUCACAUUGCGUCAAUAUGCUUAUGUUUCAGAGAUGAAAUAUGCAUCGAUAUUCGGCAUGCUGUUGUUGACAAGUCUAUUCCCGACCUUUCCGCUCUUGACAUCCUUUACCCGCUCAUAUCGAUUUCUUCACCAUCUUACUUCUGCCGGCAUUCAUGUUCAUGUAUGUAGUAUACAUGCAUCAUCCAUAUUCUUCAUCUCCCGACCUAGCCACCUACAUGCCGACGCCCAAAAUUGCUUAAUGAUUGUGACGGAACGAUCAACGGUCAAUCUUCAGGGGCUAAUAGAAGAUCGUUUUGUUGGGCAAUUGCAAGUUGUAGCACUCAGCAGGGACAUUUGUCAUCAACUACCAUCCGAGGCAUUAUGAAGGAGAAAAAGAAGACAAUUUUAGGCCCUGAGUUCAUGCAGACACGCGGGGGUUACAUCAACGAGCGAAAGUUAGACAUCGAAUCAUGGUCCAUAGGAAGUUCUUCGAGUUAUCAGACUUUAAAACGGGUACGUAAGCUGGUCACAACGGGCAUCAUAAAUCUAGACAUCACGUGAAUCAAGCUUUUCCUAAUUUAGUAUCUUUUCGGUUU